AUGGUAGCAAGGUUGAGGAACCACGAGUUGAAGUUUGCGUAUAUUUUAAUGGUGGACUCCUCGUUAGGAAGCACUUUGGUCAGCUGCGGCAGAUAUUUCAACGUCAAUGCACUUUUUUUAAUGAAUCUGGCCACAAGUUCCAGAUUCGUGACGAUGAAAAAACUGUAUUUGGUGAACACGGACCACGAUCUCAGUUUAAACGAGCGAAUGCUGUGUUUUCUCGAGUACGCUUCCACGCCAUCAAACAGCGACUUGUGGUUAAUAUGGCCCGAGACUCCUUCCUCGUCAAAUGUGAUGAGUAUCUUUUUAGGCUUAGACAAAGGAAGGCUCUUGAGCUGGCUCACCAGACUGGACGCUAUGGCCGUAGAGUCCCAACCUUUGGUGAUGUCGUCGGUGUAG